AUGAUGAUGCAAGAAUCUCUCAUUUCCAUUCUACUUCUACUAUUAGCACUUACCUUCUACUCCACCACCACUUCAGCUCAACUCGCACCAAUUCAACCUCCAACAUCAUCUCCUCCAGCACCACCUUUACCUCAACCAUCACCGCCAUCACCGGUAGCGGCUUUGCCACCGGCUACAGCACCAGCUCCAGGACUCAACACUGUUCCCCUGGUACCAGUUACACCCAGUGGCGCCCCCACACCCAUUAUCCCAAAAGGUCCCACUUUUGACAUUGUCAACAUUCUCAGAAAAGCAAAGAGAUUCUCCGUUCUCAUUCGGCUACUGAAAACCACACAACUGAUAAACCAACUCAACUCACAGCUCGUGACUUCAGGUUCAGGAGGGUUAACCCUAUUUGCACCAGAAGACAGUGCAUUCUCAAAACUAAAAGCAGGGUUCCUCAACACUCUCAGUGACAGACAAAAGGUGGAGCUAUUGCAAUUCCACACACUUUCUUCCUUCAUAUCAAUCUCAAACUUUGAUACCCUCACCAACCCUGUUCAAACACAAGCCGGUGACGACGCUCAAAGGCUGCAACUCAACGUCACCACUUACGGUGGCAGCCAAGUCAACAUGGCAACCGGCGCCGUCAACGCCACCCUCACAGGCACCGUGUACGCGGACAACAAGCUCGCCAUUUAUCAGGUUGACAAGGUGCUUCUCCCUCUUGACCUCGUGCUUCCCAGCAAAGCUCCGGCGCCGGCGCCGGCCCUCGCCAAGGGAGGUUUACCUAAGUCUGGUAAAACGAAUUCAUCGUCAGCAGAUGAUAGUAGUACCGGCGGUGAUGACAGUGAUAGUGGCGGCAAGGCUUUGCCGGUGGAUAUUUCUGAAGGUUCCAUGAUGUUGGUUAAUGUUGUUCUUAUUGGAGUGGGUUUGGUGAGUGGAGCAAUGAUAUGA